AUGGGAACGCCUGAUGCAUUUAUUAACGAUGACAAUUUUGGCGAUGUUUCUGUUAAUAAUUUAGUGGAAAAUUUUGAUGAAUCAGAAGAACAAGAAGAAUUGGUAGAACCUAGAUUUAGAUAUAAACGAGUGCUUGGAGAUUUAAUUAGGUUAUUAGAAAAUGACCCAGCCUCAUGUUUCACUAUUCACGAAAAAUUAAUGGUUGUUGGAUUCCAGUCAGGGCGUGUUUGCAUUUUUGAUCAUUUGGGGAAUGUAAAUAUUGAUUCUUGUUGUCGUUAUCAUAAAUGUGCUGUUUCUUCAAUUUCGAUAGAUGAUGCUGCUAAUUAUAUUGUUACAUGUGCAAAUGAUUUUAGUAUUGUUAUUUAUGGUAUUGGUUGUUCUGAAUAUAAUCAGCGCAUUCCAGUCACCCAAUCUUGCAAAGUUGUAGCAAUAGCAGGCAACUUUUCCCGUCCCUCUUCUGGUCAACGCUUCCUAGCAGCUAAUCAAAAUUUAGUUUUAUAUCAACGAGGGGUUAGAGCAGAAUUUUUUUCUGGGAAAAGACGAGAGACUUGUCUUUAUAAAGGAACUCAAACUGAUGGAUUAAUUAAUUGUUUGUCUUGGAGAGAGAAUUUUGUUGCUUUUACAAAUGAAACGGGAACGAGGAUUUAUGAUUUGUUAAAUGAUUCAACAUUAGCAAUUGGAUGGGCAAAUACUGUUUGUAUUUGUGCUAUUGUACAAACUACUAAGAGACCGGGACCAAAUACCUCCGAUUUAUUAUUGGAUUUACCCAAAGGACGAAUUUUGCAUCGAUUUACAUUUAACAAUUUUGCUAUUGCCGGCAUUUCAUUUACAACUCGUAGCUCUUACGGCAACGACGAAAUUUGUUCAUUACCUCAUUCAAUAUUAAAUUCCCCUCCAAAUUCUUUAAAUUCUCAAUCAGAUUGGCGUGAAUUAAUUAUAUUUGGAAUUAAGAAGAGUGGGGGAAGAGGAAAUACAAGAGAACCAAGCCUUUUAAAUUUUACAACAAAUUGUUCAAUUAAUGGAGAAAAUUUAAAUGAAGAGGUUUCUGAACUAAAAUUACUUGAAACAAACAACGAAAAAAUUAAUUUAAUAAAUAACCCCCCUCUGCCCCCAUCUUCAACUUGCUCAAACGAUUUUAAUGACCAAACUUGCAAUAAUUUCUUUGCUCAACUCAGAUUAAUUAAACCAAUUUCACUUCAAGAAUAUUCUUUAGAAGCUGAAGAUACUAUCGAAAUGAAAAAUGUUAAUAUAAAAAUGUUAAAUAAAUUUGGAUUGGUUUCUUUGCCGUUGGAUGAUAUUUAUAUUUUGGCUGGUCCGAGAGAAACUAUUGAGGCCCUUCCCUGUUCAAUCGACAAUAGAAUUCAGUGGCUAAUGGAAAAUGGUCUUUUCGAAGAAGCGCUUGAAUCUGCUUUAAGAAACAGUGAACUUUUAAAAGAAAAUUCUGUUUUGGAUGUUGGGAAACGAUUAUUGAAUCAUUUAAUAGAGAAGCAGGAUUUUGAAACGGCUGCUAGUUAUUUGCCUGAGAUUUGUUCAAAAUACAAAGAAGAAUGGGAAUAUUAUGUAAACGAAUUUGAGCAUCACAAUCAACAAUUAAAAUUAAUUCCAGUCAUUCCAACAAAAGAUCCCCAAUUAGAACCAGAAAAUUACGAGUCGAUAUUGAAUGCUGCUUUAUAUUCUAGACCUAAACUUUUUUAUGCAAUUGUUAGCCAUUGGGAUGCUGAUAUUUAUAGGGCUGGUUCUCUUGUUGCUGAAGUUUUUAAAAGAAUUACGACUGAUAAUAUUAACAAAAAUAUGGUUAAAGUCCACAAAGACGUCCCCAAUUCAGUACAAUUAUUAAGCGAAAAUGAUAGGAAUUAUUUACUUCGCGCUUUGGCUUCUUUACUUUUGCAAUGCCGUAAAUACGAGGAUGCAAUCAAAACUUAUAUUUUGCUUCAAGAUCCAACUAUUUUUGGAGUUAUUGAUCGUUAUAAACUUUUUCCUUACGUAAAAGACCAAAUAAUGGAAUUGAUGGAAAUUAAUCAGGAUUUGGCAAUUCGACUACUUUUGGAUAAUGAAGAUUUAAUUUCACAAGAUAAACUCGCUUACCUUCACCGUCUACAAGCUAGAGGGGAAGGAAUGUCCUAUUCUAAUCGACUUGUUAAAUUAUAUGCUGAUCAUGACCGUCCUUCAUUAUUGCCUUUUCUCAGGAAAAAUGAACAUUAUAAAAUAGACUUGGCAUUGGAUGUUUGCAAAAAAAGAGAAUUUAUUGAAGAGGUUGUCUACCUUUUAGGACGUACUGGAAAUCGUCUAGAAGCUUUAGAUUUAAUGGUAAAUAAAUUGUUAAGAAUAGAUAUGGCUAUCGACUUUUGUGCUGAAAAUGAUGAUUAUGAACUUUGGGAACGUUUAAUUGAAUCUUCGAUUAAAAGGCCUGAACAAAUUGUUAUUUUGUUAAAAAGAAUGGCUUGUUUAAAUAUUGAUAGUAUUAGUGUUGUUGAAAAGGUUUUUUUAAACAUAUUUUUUAAAAAUUGGAACUUCUGA